AUGCCGGCCCCGACGGCGAGCAUCGGCGGGUCCGCCUCGUCGCUGCGGGCGGUUCGCUCCCUGCCGUCACUACAGGAUGCGGUAACCAACGGCGGUGCGGAGCCAGCGAGCGACCUUGAGGUUUACGUCCUGUCGCGUCCCUUCGAGGAGUUUGGGAAGGGCGUCGUUCCGUCGAAGAUCCGUCAAGACCUGGUGGAAAUCGGCAUCUGCCAUUUCAUGCUGGCGUUCCGGAACCCGUCCUCGGGGAACAUCACGCAGUUCGACUUUGGGCCCUGUGGAGGCGACGUGCACAAGGUGCGGGGCCCGCUCGGAGCGAUCCUGAACAAGAACAAGGGCAAGGAAGUCUCGGCCGAGCGCGUCGCCGCGGGCGAGAUCCGCGAGAACACGCUCUCGGCGCUCCCGUCCGAGCACUUCUACGUCGGCCGCACCCGCCUCACCAUCGAGGACAUCCGCGCGUUCAACACCGCGCGCCCGACGAACUACGAGCUCCACAAGAACGACUGCAGGCACUACGUGAACGAGCUCGCGCACUACGCCGCGGGCUUCCGGGGCGCCGUGGAGAUGCACAAGCGCAGGGUCUUUCUGCAGCGGCGCAACGCGGAGGACCCCGCGCAGCUGCGCCUGCACGACCGGUUCUGGAACACGGUGCACGUCGCGACGGACGCGCAGAACUGGCAGUACGUCGCGAAGCUGAUGCACGGCUCGAUGCUCGCGGCGACGGCGCUGGUGAUGCCGCGGCACCUGGUGGCGCAGCUGGGCGAGCUCGGGAAGCGCAAGGUGGCGCCGCUGGUCGCGCCCGCGGCCAAGGCGAUCGCGAACCGCCCGCUGGUGGCCGGGAGCGGCGCGGCGAUCACCACGGCGCUGGCGUCGACCGCGGGCAGCGUGCAGGAGCACGCCAACGUGGGCGUGGUGGUGGCCGGGCGGCACCGGAACAGCCUGCUCGGGACGGUCGUGCGCGACUCGUUCGGGGGCGCGGCCGAGCUGGCGUCCGCGGCGUCGCGCGCGACGAUCUCGUCGCUCGUGUCGACGGGCCGCGUGGCGCUGAGCUCGGUGGCGGCGCUCACGGCCACGACGCGCGAGGCGACGCGCGGGGCGGUCAGCGCGGCCGGGUCGCGCGUGACCGGGUCGAUCGAGCGCGCGACGGCCGCGAGCCGCGCGCUCCUCUCGCGGCGGCCCCCACGCGCCCCCACGGGCACGGCGGUGGGCGCGGCGACCAAGGCCGGGCGCGCGUCGCUGGUGGCGUCCGGGGCCGGGCGGGCCGCGCUGGUCGUCGGCGCGGGCGGCAUGUCGAUGGUGCAGUCGCCGACGGGCGGCACCGCGAUGCACCGCGUGCAGUCGGCCAGCGCCCAGCUCCACACCCUCCCCAACACCCCCCUGGAGUCCCCCUCGCGGCGCGCCUCCUUCCGCCUGUCCAUCUCCGGCCGCGGCGCCGCGCCCGUGCCCGGCCGGAAGCUCGUCGCCAGCGGCGCGCGCCGACAUUCCCGCCCAGGCUCGCAGGAGCUCUCGGCCUCCAAGAUGCACCGCAGCGCGAGCUCGAGCGCGGUCGUCUCCCUCGGGGGCGCGGGCGUGCUCGCCUCGCCGCUCGCCGCCCCCGACGCGUGA